UUUCUUGAGGCAGGAACCACAACGUGCACACCAUUCCUUCCUGACAUCCAUUACCUAGCUCACCCGCCCAGUCGACCCCAUUUGGCUGUCUGCCUAUUUAACGACUGUCGCACCUGCUACUUAAUCACACUAUUACAGGCUCAUAUACAGCCCACGCCGUCAUGGCUCCACGAUCUGAGGCCAGUCAGCUCAAGCGAGGUCGCGCUGUAUGUACCCUCUUCUUCUAUGGCGUCACUGUCAUACAUCGACAUGUUCCGCCGAUUAAUCUCUCUUCUCCUUCAGGGCUCUACGGGCGACGAUGCCCCCUCUGAAUCAUUCAAGAAGCCCCGCCGGUCCGAGCGACUCUCGCAGCGCACCGACAACGACCUGGUCAAGACACCAGUCAUCAACAAACAGCAUCUUCCAUCACCGGUGACACAUUUGACGAGCGAAGGAACCGAUGAGUUUGCCAAGGAAGCCACGGCGACACCUUCAGAGGGCCGCGUCUCCCAGCGUCGCGACGAGUACAUGCAUUCUCAAGUGGCGGCCCUCAGUUCUCCUCCCCAGGACACGCAAGCGUUCAGUCAGACACACGUAGACCCCAACGCACCGCUCUCCGAUGAGGUGGAAGAUGAGGUAAAGGAAGGGGUCUGGGGAUACCUACUUCCUAUGGACACCCGUUACGGAGGCACCUGUGUGGUGAUGAGGAAGAGAGGGUCUUGCCCUCCUUCAGAAACCGUGGCCGGCGCCGUCUCCGGGGCAAAACAGCCUGCUAGAAAAGGCAGGGGGGCUCUUCUCAAAGAGCAGGAGGCUUUCGAUCAGAAGCAGAAGUCAGGGAAAGGGCUCUCCUCUGGCGGUUAUCUCAUUGGGAGACACCCCGAAUGCGUUGAUGAUCCGAUAGUUUCGAACCGUCAUUGUCUUUUGUUUACGGAACACAAGGGAAACGACACAGUUGUGAUUAUCGAGGAUCUUUCCAGCAAUGGCACAUACGUCAAUGAUCAGCUCGUUGGGCGGAACCAACGGCGUGAGCUUAAGGAGUAUGACGAAAUUGCUGUCAUGGACAAGGCCAGGUUCAUUUUCCGGUAUCCCAAAAACCGACAUGCCAAUGCCUUCUUACAGCAAUACACGCCCAUCGAGAAGCUGGGAAAGGGCCAUUUUGCCGAAGUAUAUCUCUGCAUUGAGAAAUCCACAGGGCAGCGCUAUGCUGUCAAAGUCUUCACCAAGACGCCAGGGGUGGAAGAGCGAUCGAAAAACGAAGGCCUCCAGCAAGAAAUUGCGAUGCUCAUGGGUGUUAGCCACCCGAAUGUUCUAUGCCUCAAGGACACCUUCAACGAACCCAAUGCCGUCUAUCUGGUGCUGGAGCUUGCGCCGGAAGGAGAGCUGUUCAACUACAUUGUGAAGAAGCAGAAACUGAGCGAGUCCGAAUGCCGGAAGCUGUUCACCCAAUUGUUUCAGGGUGUCAAGUAUUUGCACGAUCGGAACAUUGUGCACAGAGACAUCAAGCCAGAGAACAUUCUUUUGGUGGACCGUGACUUGCACGUCAAGUUGGCAGAUUUUGGGUUGGCCAAGAUCAUCGGAGAGGAAUCUUUCACGACAACACUCUGUGGGACGCCUAGCUAUGUGGCACCAGAGAUCCUAGCAGAUACCCGGAACCGCAAGUACACCAAGGCUGUUGACAUCUGGUCACUAGGUGUGGUGCUUUAUAUCUGCCUGUGCGGCUUCCCCCCAUUUUCGGACGAACUCACCAGUGCUGCAUUCCCAUACUCGCUGUCUGAGCAGAUCAGGAAAGGGAAAUUCGACUACCCAUCACCCUACUGGGACCCAGUUGGUGAUCCUGCUUUGGAUCUCAUCGACUCCAUGCUAGUCGUCAACCCAGAGAAGCGUUUCACAGUAGAUCAGUGCCUGGCUCAUCCCUGGAUGACAAUGAAGACACCUGGUGUCAAUGACAGCACUAAUGGUCUUGUCAGCGGCAUCCAGGGCUUGGAUGUUACGCGCCGCGGUGUCCAGAGAGAGCGGACAUUGUUAGCCUCGAUUAACACUGUUCAAGUUGUCAACGAGAUCCCAGGGGGCGACAAGCCCGACGUCAAGGUCUAUACCAAGAACCCAGAAACCACACCCAAGAAAGAGCCCAGACCAGACGAUGCCAGAGGCCCGGAUGAGUUUUCCCAACUAGGAGGAAAGGGCGACCAAGUGCUUUUUGGGGAUGACGGUGAUAGCCGGUAUUCCGUGAAUGAUAUUACCAACAAACCGAAGGCGAAGGGGAAGGCUAACGGGGCAAAGUAA